CCCAGGGCGGACCACCCAGCCUCGCGCCCGGCCCUGGAGAAACCCGGGCAGAGCGAGGCAGAGAGAAGGAAGGCGCAGCAGCCAUGGCGGGUGUGUGAAUUGCAAUGAGUGCCUGGGAGGGGGAAAGAGGACGGGCGACAGAGGCGGCGGCGCCUUUGACGGAAGGAAUCGGCGGCUUCCCUCCUUUCCCUUCCCUUCCCCUCCCUUUUUUUUCUUGAAUGAACCGUGAGGUGGGGCUAAGAGGCAAGGCGCUCCCCUCCUCAGUCUCCUCCCCUCGGGCUGCAGCCACAUUCAGAGAGAGAGAGAGGCAGAGGGAGAGGGGGGACCGACCGGCCUCCCCAGCAGCACAGGAAAAGGAGGAGCAGGCGGCCGCUGGGCAUCGGGGUAAUAGUCGUAGUAAUAGUGGUAGUAGCAGCAGUAGUGAAGGGCAUUGGGGAAAGAGCAGGAGGAGGGAAGGGAAAGCAGUCAAGACCCGCCCCAUUCUCCCCCUCCUUUGCCUUAUGGGAUAUUUAAAAAGGCAAAGAAGGGGAACCCUCCAACUACUUUCUUUUUGAGUUCUGCAGUCCAGAGUUUUCAAUCAGUCCAGACUGGGAGAUCUUGAGCUGCUGAAUGGAGACCCCGCAGCACCACCACGCUGCCCUGGGAAGCUCUCGCCCUCAUUCAAAAAGCCUGGCUUGAACUAUGCCUUUCCCGGAUCCUUUGGCUCCCUUCUGCUUCUGCUUCUUCUUGCCUUGUUGGUGGUUCAUACCGCCGCCGGCUUGGCUUCCCUGUCCUGAAAGUUAGGAGGCCGGCUUUCUGAGUUUUGACAUCUCCUUGGAAAUGUCACUCAAACAGGAGCCUUGGAAGCGUUUUUGGAAAUCCCAACAGUCCUAAAGAGGUUGAAAGCUGCUUUUCCAUCUUUUGCUUUUUCUGGUUUGGACUCCUCCAAAAGACCCUUUUGCAUUUUCCCCUCAUGAUGUUUUUUCGGUUCUAUUUUCCAGUAAGGAAACUUCACAGAAAAUGAUAUUUCUCAUCCAAUUGCAUUUCUGCACGAAGGAAGGAAGGCUUCUGAAAACAGACUUCUCAUGAUAAAUAUUACCUGUGGAAUACAGUAUUGGCUGCCUUUGAAAUCUGCUUUCCAUCGUGGAUAACAAACUGAAGAGGAAACGCUGGGAAGGCGGAAAUACCUUUGAGACCCCGAGGACUCCCCCACACCUCAACCAAUGGAACUGCAUGGAGUGAAACAACUGGAUUAUAUAUAAACACCGGCACUUAUUAUUACUGGCUGCUUUUUUCCCCCCUCUGGGUCGGUGGGGGACAUUUCAUCUGCUUCUGUGUCUUUUUUUCCACCACCCUCAUCCUACUGCUUAUUGUCCACCAUGGCUCAUCCUGGGAUAAGAGGUUACGAUAACAGGGAAAUCGUGCUGAGGUACAUCCAUUACAAGCUGUCGCAGAAAGGAUAUGACUGGGUUGCCAGUGGAGACAGAGGAAACCUUGCUGCUGCUCCUACUGCUCCAACUGUGCCAGCAUCUCUUUCUCCAGAGCUGCCCAAUUCUGCUCCUGUGAGUACCAAUGCCCCCGCGGAAGAACCGGACCGGGUGCCACAGGUUGUCCACACAACGUUACGCCAAGCCGGAGACGAGUUCUCCCGGCGCUAUCGGAGGGACUUUGCUCAAAUGUCUGGCCAGCUGCAUUUGACCCCCAGCACUGCCAGAAGUCGUUUUGUGGCCGUGGUGGAAGAGCUCUUUCAAGACGGAGUGAACUGGGGGAGGAUUGUGGCAUUCUUUGAAUUUGGUGGCCUGUUGUGCGUGGAGAGUGUCAGCCGGGAGAUGUCCCCCCUUGUGGACAAUAUUGCUGUGUGGAUGACAGAGUAUCUGAACCAGUACCUGCACAACUGGAUCCAGGAGAACGGAGGCUGGGAUGCCUUUGUGGAGCUCUACAGCAACAACAUGAGGCCUUUGUUUGAUUUUUCGUGGCUGCCUCUGAAGACAAUCCUGAGCCUGGCCGUUGUGGGCGCAUGCAUCACUCUUGGAGCUUAUCUGGGGCAUAAAUGACUUCUUGUGAUGAACUGGUGAAAAAAUCUCUCCAUCUCUCUUAUUUUUAAGGAACUGAAAAGAAGGGAGCUGGGAGAAGAAAAUAAUAUCUGGUAUUUUGUUUCCCUUGUAGCAUAAUGCUAUUAUUUUAUGAGCCAAGUAUCUCUCUAUCUAAAUAUUAAAUCAGCUAUUACUGCCAAAGGGAAUAUUCAUUUAUUUUUUACGACGCAGAAGAGUUAUUUAUUAAAUAAUAAUUUUACAUUUAACCUGCUAUUUUCCUGAAAUUCUGCAAACUGUACAACCGUAACAGUUGUAAUGAACUUUUGAGGAGACUCCAAAGAUCUUCAGCAUUCCAGAAAAUAUUAUGUUCAACAGACUUAUUGUAUUACAGUACGUUCUAGAAUGGGCACCGAAGUGUAUGUGUCUUAUUCUUACAAAAGGUUAUUAACGAGCUGCUAAACCCAUUAUGGAUUCCUCAGAUUGCUUUUCAACUCUACCCAUGGAGUAGAUAAUCUGAAAUGCAGCAAGGAUAAGAUCAAAGCAAAAUACCAAUUUUAGGAUAUUGUGAUUCAACAUGGUACCUAUCUAUAUGAGAAGCUGAUGGGACAUUGAGGCCAGUAAUAGUCUAUGUAAUAAGUGCCCAUCUUCCCACCACCACCCCAAGCCAAUAACUGUGUUUUGGAACACUCCCCACCUGGAUCACAGCUGGAAAUAAAGGUUUGCACAGCUUGUGAAGCAUAUUGUUAUAUUGUAUGGUAUGCCAUCCCACACCAGACUAGGUCCUCGGAGGGAGCCAUUUUGUGCAUCAUCAAGUGAAAUGCCUAGUAUGGAGUAACUGGACAUUGCAAGACACGGCUGCUCCAGUGUGCUCUUCAACUAUAACUUUUUACAGAGACCCACGACCAUCAGGAAACCGUAAGUGCCUGUGCCUGCCUCACAAGAACUGCAGCCUGAGAGCCCCACCACCAACAUGCUUUUAUCCACCACUGAUCCCCGCUUUACAUGUUGGAUGCUUCUCGGGGAGUCUUAAAAGCAUUUUACGUUGCUCUCCAUCUUUUGACUCUGAUUCAAGAUUCAUUUGGCAAGAAAGGAGUGAUCAGCUGAGAGAGAUUAGCUCUGGCUUUCCGUCUGCAUCAGAAUGAACGCCAACAUUAAAUUCUCCCUCUCUAAUUGGAGCUUUAUGGCCCUCAGAAGUACGGCAUCCUGGUACUUGCAUGAGGCCAUCUUCAAAAGAAAAUAAAAUAAAGAAGCUAUCCAGCGCCUCAAUCUGGAGAGACUCACAGACACCUGGUUCCCUGAGGUGCUGCUUGUCCUUUGCAUGGAAACCUUGGACUGGCAAGCGAGCACGGAAUCCUUGCUUAAAAAUUACUCCAAGAUGAAUGCAA